CCAGUAAUUCUGUCAGCUGAUCGGAGAGAAAAAUGAAAGCUGGUGUUCCGUGUUGAUUUCGUUCCACAGUUUAUUUGUUUGCGGGGUUUUUUCCCCCCCAGAGCAAAGAAAAUGUCAUAUUUUUGGGGGGCUUUUUCGAAUAUGACUGUCCACAUUUUUUGCUUUUUAAAGACAGCGCAGGGUACGUAUUUUGUCAGCGGAGGGAAAUCCGCGUCUUACUGGCACGCUGCAAAGCCGUGACGCAAUCCACGCUCCGCUGCUGCAACACAAUAAAAUAUGAAUCGCCAGUGCGCCGACGGUCCGACCGCUCCGUAAGAAUCAUUCAAGGAAGGUGAGGAGGGGGGUGUGGCGCCAACCAACCCACCCGUUUACCAAAACAAUACACGCCCCAUGUCCCUUGCAUGUGGAGCGUUUAAUAAAGCCGGAACUAGGAGCCAGGUGUGAUCAGCCAGCCUUCAGCAGCUCAGCGCCCUCCGUCUCCUCUCCUCUCCUCUGCAGGCUGCAGGGAGAGGAAGGCGCUCCAAGCGGGGAAUCUCAGCGGAUUACGCAGAUUCGGAACCUCGAUGCUGAGCAACGCAGUAGAUUGAGGAUGGGGAUGCGAUAAGUGGAAGGCUCAUUCCCACUCUGAUCCGUGGCCAGGCUGUCGGUGCAGAUUGUGUCUCUCAAGAGGAGAGUGAAUGCCUCUAAAACAUCAAAGCUGUGAGCCCUGUGGAGGGUGACGAUGAGCAGCCACGGCAACAGCAGAAAGGGAAGUGGCCAGCAUGCUGACACUCCUCUACGUCAUGCACCAGGACCCAAGUUGCAGGUGCAGCGCUCCCACUCUCGUGACACUAUCACCAUCCACUUCUCCGCUCUGGGAAAGGAGGAGGAAGAUGAGGAAGAAGAACUCUAUGGGUUAUCUGUUGAAUGUGCGGCUGCUAAAUCUGUUCUCGAUGGUGCUGCAGGACCUCAAAGCCAAAGCACAGGGACUGAUGGCCAAUCUCUUGCCAAAGGCUUGGAGGCAGAAGAGGAGCUAGGGCUGGAGUCUGUUGAUGCGGAGAUCUUUUCUGGAUCUCUACUGCCCGUUUCAUCUGCCAUCCUUCCUGCACAGCCGUUGGACUCGCAUCCACACACACCCUCUCUUGCAAUGACUGUUAACCCUGUUUCAACUCACUCCCACCUGAGCUCCACUUCUCCUGCCAGCUCCUCCUGGGCAUCCGAUCGACCAGCCCAGCCCCCUUUGAUUAGUUCCACUUCUUCUUCUCCUUGUAAAUCUGCAGCCCUUUCCUCUUCCAAGCCUUUUCUCAGCCUUGUUAGAUCUUUGUCAAAUGAUGUCGACUCUCGAGAAACUGCUCCUGUAAUUGCUACUGUCGUACCCCCACAUGCCAGACACAGACACUUAAUGAAAUCUUUUGUUAAGUCCCUCUCCACGGACACUUCAAAGGGCGAACAUCACGAAGGGCCUCUUCAGCACCAUUCUCACCACCAGCAAACACAGCCAACCCACCGCACUCCGCCUCGCAACAUGCAGCUUUUCAAGCAGUUCUCCCAGCCUCGUUUGUCUUCCUGCCCUGUCACAGUCACUCAAGCAGGCGGAGACUCCAAAACAGCACCUUCUUCGCCUAUUAUGUCCCCAGAUGGGAGAUCUUUCUUUAAGGUCCAGGAGGUGGAGGCCAGGAUAGAAGACACCAAGAGGCGGUUGUCAGAGGUGAUGUCAGAUCCCUUGCAGCUUUUUAGUAAAAUUAUUGGGGAUGAGUCCGGUGUGGGGCUUGCUGGGAGUGCCGCUCAUCGGGCCAAGUCACUCUCCUCCAGUGCGUUGGAGCUCAGUGGAGUGACUGCGGUAAACGGACAUACAGAAGCUAACAACAACUAUAGCAUCAAAGAAGAGGGGGCUGAAGGGGAAGAAGAGGAGGAGACUCCUACAGAAAAGGGCCCCGACUCGUCCUUUUUCUCUUUCCCAUCACUGUCUCUUGCACCAGCUCUCACCCAGGCCUCGUCAUCUACUCUCCACAGGUCUCCCUCUCUCACUCUGGGACGCUGCUCCAUGUCAGCCCUUGUCGCUCGACAGGAAGAUGAGGACUUCUGUGAACUGUACAGCGAGGACUUUGAGCUGUGUACAGAUACUGAGACACCAGAUGGUGAGCAAUCCAUGUCUCAGCAGCCUCAUACUGGUAGCACUGGUUUGGGUAGUGAACUGGAUGCAGAAGAUGAAGGACUGGUGGAAGAACUGGAGAAUGUGCCUAUGACUGGCCUCAUCUUCUUAACACAGUUGUUGUAUUUGUACUUAGUCCUUCCAGUGCCUCCUUGUCUAUGUUCUGUGUUACAUGGGAUAGUAGUUGGGUUCAUGCUGGCCCUGCUGGUCCUUUGGCUGUCUGCUCCUCGAUGCUCCUCAUCAGGGACCAGAACAAGGAGAUGGAGGAAAGACCAGCGAAAUGUUCCCCAGCUGGAUGUCAAAGAACCAGGAAUAUUCAAGGGCUGGAUGAAUGAGAUCCAGAGCUACGACCCAGAGAUGUACCACGCCACCUUGACCCACUCUGUUUACGUCCGCUUGGAGGGUUCUGUUCUGCGUCUUUCCAAGCCCAACAGGAACAUCUCCCGCCGUGCCGCACACAAUGAGCCUAAACCUGACGUCACCUACAUUAGUCAGAAGAUCUACGAUCUGACCGACAGCAGGAUCUACCUGAUGCCCCAGAGUUUGGCUAGGAAGAGGGUUUGGAACAAGAAGUAUCCCAUUUGCAUUGAACUGGCAAAACAGGAGGACUUCAUGUCAAAAGCAGAGGGAGAAAGAUCUGAAGCUGGGGACGAGAGAACCACUGGACUGGGUGAGAAGCUCGAACGAACGGACAAAGCUGAAAAAGCAGAAGUUUGCACUUCAGCGGAGGACCAGAGAAGGCCGACCGCCGGAGGAGGGGAUCUGACAAUCUACUUGUUUGGGAGGACCGGUCGGGAAAAGGAGGAAUGGUUUCGGAGGUUUCUUCAGGCAUCCCAGAUGAAGUCGGAGGGGAGAGGUGGCAGCCUGUCUGGCAUCUGCAAGAGUGCCUUCUUGUCUGCUCACAGCCGCAGUGGCAGCAUCCAGUCGGCCGGAGGCCCUGAGGCUGACAGCAGGGGCAGCAGCAGGGGAAGCCAGGAGGAGCUGUCUCAGCCUCGGUACAGAGAGACCCCCGCCUCUCUCUCCAGUGGCUCAGCUGGGGGGAUGAAGCAGAAGAUGCUGUUGGACUAUAGCAUCUACAUGGCCAAAUACGUUAACCCCCAGGCACCGCCCGGAAGCCCGCCAGCUGUCGACAGCCCCGGGCACACCCCUGAGAGCAGCCCUAAAGCUACCAAAAAGUUACCCAGGAGUUCAGAGGAGGCUGCAGAGCCAGAGGCCUGGGUCAAUGCCUUUCUGGGGAGGAUAUUCUGGGAUUUCUUACGAGAGAAGUACUGGGCCGAUGUUGUCUCCAAAAAGAUCCAAAUGAAGCUCAGUAAAAUCAGGCUGCCAUAUGUAAUGAAUGAGCUGACUUUGACGGAGCUGGACAUGGGAUUCUCAGUUCCUAAGAUCCUCUGUGCCUCCAAACCCUCAGUGGACCAUCAAGGUCUUUGGUUUGAUCUGGAAGUCUCCUACACAGGCUCCUUCCUCAUGACACUAGAAACCAAGCUGAACCUGGCCCGCCUGGGGAAGGAAGGCGAAGGACUCGGGGAUCAUGGCAAAGAAUGGUCCAGGCCACGGACGUACUGUCUGGCCGACAGCGAUGAGGAGUCAUCCAGUGCUGGCUCAUCAGAUGAGGAGGAUCCCCCUGAACUGCUCAGUGACAAACCCAAUCUGCCUGCAUCAGAGGGCUAUGUAGGAGGCCACAGACCCAGCAAGAUCAUGCGCUUUGUGGACAAGAUAGCCAAGUCCAAGUACUUCCAAAAGGCAACUGAGACAGAGUUUAUCAAGAAGAAGAUGGAGGAGGUGUCUAACACACCCCUCUUGCUCACUGUGGAGGUGCAAGAGUGCAGGGGGACGCUUGCUGUCAACAUCCCACCUCCCCCUACGGACAGGAUAUGGUACGGUUUUCGGAGUCCUCCCCAUCUGGAGCUGAAAGCACGACCCAAACUGGGUGAGAGAGAAGUCACUCUGGUUCAUGUGACGGAGUGGAUCGAGAAGAAGUUGGAUCAGGAGUUCCAGAAAAUAUUUGUGAUGCCAAACAUGGAUGACAUAUGGCUACCCAUAAUGCACUCUGCCAUGGAUAUGCGCUCAAAUGCCAACUUGACUUUGACAAACGAUGCCUUGAAGGAUCCAGAGCCGGAAGAGUCUGAGGUCUCUGAUGUGUGAGGGAUGUUCAAAUGUGGGGCGGCAGGCAUUUUAUGACACGGUGAUACAGGAUGCCCAAAACGUCUGUUGGAAACUAAAGGUGCAGCUGCAACCCUGGCCAGCUCCACGGUUAUUUUCUUUGUUUUUCAAUGCUACUGUUUCAAUAGACGGUUAACAGUUAAAAAAAAAAAAAAAUCAUCCAAAAAAACUGAAAAGCAAGUUGACGAGUUCUCUUAUUUUUAAAUAAAAGCAGGAGAAUAGAAGGAGAAUGUGAUGCUGUUACCAUCUGACUACAUUUCUUUGAUCUAUUUAUCUGACAUUCAGUAUUCGUUCAGUCUGAUGAAGCAGGGUUCGUGGGUCAAGCUAAAAUACAGCAACCUCCACAAUUACUGGAAUGUCAAGUAAACUGAGCAAAAAUCUCACAAUAAUCCCAUUUAUCUAUUACUACAGUUACAUAAUCUCAUGCUGAAAACCUCCCAAAAAAUCCAACGCUUAAUUUGAAAGCAUUUAUUUGACAUGGCAAGAAAAACAAACCUCACAAAAUAAUUGGUGCUACAAUUUUUGACACUUCCUUUAAAAAAGUAACUAACAUUCUUUUUUUCACUUUACAUUUUACUUUUAAAGGUUGAUCAGUACUUUGAAACAUUUGGUAAGUAUGACGAAACUUCCGGUUUCUCUGUAAAACAUAUGACACAAAAGAAUAUGUAUUUGAAGUACUUUUCAAAAUGGGAAAGACAAGAAAGCAUCUCAUUAAGGUAUGUGACAGGAAUGUGUUUAUCUGCGUAACUAAAGACAUGCCAACUUUGCUUAAUUCGUCAAUAUCUACAAUGAGAGCAAUAUUUAAAUUUUUGAGAUAACAGUUGGUGUGACAGAUGAGAAUGGAUGACGAUCUUCCAUUUCUUGCCACAACACUGUGAGUAGGAUUGGAAGGGAGGGAAAGAAAAUGUCUUGUCAUCAUGUACCAACCCCCUUCAACCAGGGCAACAAAUGGUGACAUUUUGGGGUUACCAAGACUUUGACCCAACCAAGUAGACUCCAUGCAGAUGUCAACCAGUUGUUUCAAAGGAUUGCAGGGCAGAAGCUUUUUCUGUCCUGUCAUAAUAUACAUAAUUAUGUGGAGUUAUGUGCUUGGUCUAAUAAGAUUUCUUUUUUUUUUUUUUGCAAACAUUUCAUGAGGUUUUGGCAUGACACAAAAAAAUUAAUAUCUUAAAAUGCAUUUCAUGCCCACUCUUACACAAGGGGGUGGACAUGUGACACUGUGGGUCUGUUUCCCUUCUACAGCCCAUUGAAGCUGGAAAUGCUAAGAGAUUUUCUAUCAAAAUCUGGAGUGCCCUGCCAGAAAACUAAAAAUGGACUGUAAAGUUAUAGAUCAACCAUGUGCAAGGUUGUGCAAAUUGUUAAUGGAAGAAAAGUAAAUAAGUGUCGCCUCCUUGCCCCCACCUCCCAAACAAUGUACCCAAAUUAAAUGUUUGGGUUUUUUUCGUUUAUUUUUUUCAGAGAUGUUGUGCUACUGCAACAAAAGGUGCAAUUCUUUUUAUGUUUUUUUCCUCCUUACCAGUAAGUGUGGAGGAUACUGUAACACAACAAAUAGCCAUCCUGAGUCAGCAAGAGGAACCAUAUAACCUGUGAUGUGUAGCUGUACCUAACAUGAUUGUUGGACAGUGUUAACUUUUUCUGUGAAGUUGCUAAAUGAUGAGUGUCUUAUUGUUACUGUUAUGAGGAUUAGCUAGAACUGUGGCCACUGAUGAAGACAAAGGGUAAAAUAUUUUUUUAAAAAUCCCUGUUUGAGGAGUUUGCUUAGACACGAUCACCUAUCAUUCAUACAGUGGAUUGCAAAGGUGUAAGAUUUUGCAAUACAAAAAAUAUUCCACCUUUUAUGCAACGUUUAUGCUGUACAAUUCGGCUGAAAAUCAUUCAAAUCUUUUGGAGAUAAAUAAUUUUGAAAAAGGUGCAAAAACAGAUAAAAUUGCAUUAGUUGUCUAGCUGGUUUCCCAUACCAGUCACCUACUGUAAAUCAAAAGUUGCAUCAAAAUAAUAAUAGUUUCAGGGUCUGCAACCAAGUUAUUGCACUUUUUUUGUUUCGGUGAAAUUGUACAUAAUGUCACAUUGAAGGUGGAAAAAGUUUGGAGACGAUUCCUUUUUUUUACAUCACAAAUCCCAACAGGGGUAUGAACAUUUUUAGAUCCACUGCACUUUUCAUACCAUUCUUUUAUCAGCAAACCACAUUGCUGCCUGGAACAUAUAUGCAAACUAAUCCAUGGUUUAUAAAUGGUUUCAUAGUAGACAGGUGGUCCAGUAAAAUCCAUCAUGGCAAUUAUGCUGUCAUACAGCAUGUGUGCUUUGUACUAUGGAAUAGAAAUUCGAGCUAAAAUGGGCUGGUUGUAGGAAAUGAGGCAAACAAAAUGGCUCAACCUCUGUUGGUAUCUUGAAUGUAUAAAUAAAAAGAACUCCUCACCUCUCCCAGGAAACACUUUCACUGAAAACAUGUUUCUGAGCAACAUGUUUAAAGCUACAUCCAGAGUUGACUAAAAGUAAUAAUUUUCUAUUUGUAUUGCCAAAGGGAAUAUAGAAGGUGUGAAAUAAAGCAAUCUGUUAAAAACUUUCUGCUUUCGUUGAGGUGACGCACAGCCAGUGUUUCAACAACUGCAAUUGAAAAAAAUGAGAAUAAAUCAGAGAGUGAGACUCUAUCUGUACAGCAGGAAACAGAAACCUCAAGCAGCAACACAGAGCUGGAAGUUUUAGGUGUAAUAAAUCUAGUUUUAUUGAAAUUAAAAGCAUUCUGGAUAUCAGCCAUAUUAUUUAGUGUUGUCUGCGGUCAUACAGCUAAAGAAUGCCGUUUCGUUUUCAUUUAUUUGCUGUUCUGUUAUUUGUCUUUAAAGAGCAGCUCCACCAAUAAUCUAGAAACCCCUGGAACCUUUCCUGUCUACUUCAGAGGUGACUUUAUGUAUUUUUAUGUUCAAAUAGAUGUGUGUUGGCUAGCAAAUGAGGCAGAAAGUGCCUUUGAGAUAAUCAAACAUUCCUUCAUAGUGAGCCACCUCAUUUCUCGCAUCAGUUAAUGAACUGUUCUUGUGCCAUCACUGUCUGUUAAGACAUGCCUGUUGUUUUUCACAUUUCUUUGCGGUUCAUUUGCACAUUGACCAAGAUAUCAGGCUAUUCUGUUCUGUGAUAUUGCAGAAAUGUUACUGUUCUGUGUUAUUGUGGAUCAAUAAAAACAAUUUAUUUGGAAAA